GGUAACGCGUAUCGUACCGCGUCCUGCCGCUAGACGCCGCAGGGAAAGGCAGACGUGAGGACCCAUGAGCCCGGUGACCUCCUAUCGAACCACUGCUAGCUACCACGUCGACAUCUGGAUGGAUGCACAUUUCCGUCGUUUCUUCAAUUGCCAGUCGGGAUCUGAUCGGUGUCACUCUCGGUAGUCGUUGUCUGGAGACAGCGUUAUUGCUAGCUAGGGCAUCGGGAGGCUAGUUGGUAGCUAGUAGCUUCAAUGUUAGCAGUUAUAUCAGGCUAGCCUUAGCCCGUUAGCAGCCGCUUUUUCCGACUGUGUUGGCCUCAUAAACAUGCGGAUCAUCGAGGCGCUGAGCCCCGGCACAUCUUUACCUUCAACCGCCACCUGCAGGACACACGUUUGGACCGGACGUUGGCUGGACUCUGCAUAGUUUCCAUAGGGAAAGCGCCACAGAUCGCCUGCUGAAGAUACGCCGCUGUGUGGGACCUCGGGGCAACAUGUUGAGCAUCUUGGCCGCUGGCUCAGUAUUCUUCCCCGGUCUCUUCCUGCUGUCUAAACAAUGCCUCAAAUACAUCCCUGGCCUUCGCUGGAGCGAAGGGGACGCCGUGAUCGUCUCUGCCAGGCUGGUGUCCUCUGUGCAGGCCCUCAUGGCCUCCUCCGCCGGAUACAUCAUCGCUUCCUCCUGCGACGACAUCAUCGAGGACGGGCACUGGUUGACCUGCAGCUACAUCCUGUUCGCCGUGCCCUACUUUGUGUACGACAUCUACGCCAUGUUCAUGUGCUACUGGUACAAGCUGAGGGUGAAGGGUCACGAGGAGGCGGCGACCGCGCCCAAACACAUGGGCUCCGCACUCCUCAGCUACCUCCGCCGGGAGUUCCUCAUGGUCCUGCAUCACGUCGUCAUGGUCACUGUCUGCUUCCCUGUCUCCGUGUUCUUGCGGCGCGGCAAGGGAGAUUACUUCCAGGGCGUGAUGUUUAUGGCUGAGCUCAGCACACCCUCCGUCUGUCUGGGGAAGAUCCUUAUCCAGUACAAACAGCAACACACUCUGCUGCACAAAGUGAAUGGGGCUCUAAUGCUGGUCACUUUUUUCGUCUUUCGAGUGCUUCUCUUCCCAUAUAUCUACUACGCCUAUGGCAGGUACGCCUCCAUCCCCUUCCACCUGGUCCCGCUGAGGGUGUCCUGGCAGUGUAACCUGGGCGCCGCCCUGCUCAUGGCGCCCCAGCUCUACUGGUUCAGCCUCAUCUGCCGGGGGGCCUUCCGCCUCUUCACCCGCUCCUCCCGCCGGCCGCCCGCCCCGUCCCCGUGCCCUGCCAACGGGUACAGCGUGCGCCCCGCGGAGCCGGAGUCCAGCGCCCACUGAGGGAGGGCGACUAUGGAGAGAGGGGAGGGGGGGGGAGGGGGGGAGGGCGCAGGGGCUGAAACAUCUGGUGGCCCCCGACCACCUGGACCCAGACGCUGAUUAACAAGACAGUUAGACCGCUGGUAUAGCAUCCCUGUCUCUCUGAGCUCACUAGGGCUAGCCUGGCGGCAUAGCAUCCCUGUCUCCCCGAGCUAACUGGAGUUAGCCUGGUGAUAUAGCAGUGCUAUCUCUCAGAGCUCUCUAGUUUUUAUCCUGCCGGGACAGCGUCCCCGUACCCCAGAGCUAGCUGGAGUUAGCCUUGGGGUACAGCGACGCUAUCCCUCGGAGCUAACUGUACCCUGCUCUGUCGGUUGCCGGGCAGAGCAGGAACUAGGAAUGUAUUAUAUUGUAUGUUAGUACAUCUGCUGUAGAUAAGGCCUCAUUCAGCUUAGUUAGUCCCAGAAACGACCCGCCCGUCGGCUAAGCAGUAUUUUGACUUGUAAGUGUUACCUCCGUGUACCCACCAUGUAGCCAGUGGCACCAAGUACCCCCCCACCCUGCCGACAGACUGGGCUGCUGCCUUACCCCCCCCGAUCGUCCCUGGGCCCCUUGUUCAGCCCUUCCCGCCCUAGACGAGAGGGAUGCAGCCUAGCGUGACGCAGCUAGCUUUGCGGAGCUAGCUGGUCUACUACUCUCCUUCAGUGUUCCCGUUCACGUUGUGUUCUAAUAUGUUUCCUCAGUUCUACAUGUUCGUGAUGAGUUAUCAUUCAUUUUAUUAGUAGUAUUAAAGGAGAACUCUGACCUUAGUUUCAAACUACAGCUGAGGUCUCCCAUCCGAUGCCUCAUGUGCACGUGUGCUUUGCCGUCGUUAGUUCCUUUGUUUGCAAGGUUAGUUACCACCUGUGACCGAAAAAUAGAACUUAAGUAUCUGAAGCAUGCUAGAUAUGACACCAUUUGCUUCCACUGGACAGUUUAAGUUGCAACUUCCAGCGCAAAGGCCUAACCUGUCGGAACUUACAAUGCCUAACCACUCAUUAAGAUGGUAGUGGAAAGCUUCCACUGAGAAAAAGUAGUGCCCAGUUAACGGGUUGGGGUGAAUGUCUUAUCGGGUCAUUGAAAGAGAUUCACAUAUUUUACAUACCAAAUAUUGCCACUGUGAUGGGUCCGUGGUUUAGUCAGCCUUUUGUGGAGCAUGUCGUAUAUCUAUUGAGCCUGUAUACACAUGGGGAGCGAAGCUAGCGUAGUCGUGCCAUACAUGGGCGUGAGGCAUGGGAUGGGUUCCAGGUCCAAAUGGUUGAGCUGUAACCCGAGGAGCAGGGUGCAGAGUUCUCCUUACACACACACACACACUUUCCUCCCAGUAAGGCAGCCUUCACUACAGUGUAGAUAUUAUUACCUUAUUCCAUUUAACAGUGUCGCGUACGUGGCUCAUGAAGUGUUUUUGUGUUCUCAACCCAUACAGAAGUGAUGAUAGGUAGCAAUGUCACUUUGAAAUGGUCUUCUGUUGACGUGACGUCAGAUUAUCUCUUCAAACAGUUUGUCUGAAAUUGCGUCGGAUUAUCCGUAAUCGUGUCCAAUGAUCUGUCAUUACGUCAGAUCAUCUGCUAUAGUUAACGUCAGAUUGUCUGUCCUUGUUACGUCAGAUUAUCUGCGGUUGUGUCAGAUUAUCUACAGUUGCGUCAGAUUGUCUGUUCCGUAACAACGGAUGAUCUGAAGAAGUAGCAACAGAUAUUCAGUCAACUCGGAUUACCUGGACUCGGGGUCCACGCGCUGACAGUGUCUGGACACGGGGAGUUUAGGGUCCAAGGUCCCGGGCGUGGGCUAGGUUAAGGGUCCGUGGUCCUUGGACGUCUUGGAGGAAGGGAAUCCAGUCGCCGUUGCCGUCUGAAGGGAAACCAACCCAAUGCUUUUUACUGGCAGCCUUUACUUACCUUCAACUGGGAAAUGCUUUUAAAGCCACAUGAUUUUUCUGUGCCGAUCCUUUUUAAGAUUUUUUUUUUCUUUUCAAUUCCCCCCCCCCCCCCCCCCCCCCCCCCACUCUAAUGUAUGAAAUGUUUCCUUCAUCCAAUAUUCAAGGUUGUUUGACUUGUUCCAGACGUGAAUCUGUUUGAGACAACUGUUGAUCAAUCCAGAUUCACAAGCGAUUCCCCAUGGAGUCUGGGGCCUCGCCAUCAAACUAGAGACCCCAAACUAGAGCCUACAAGCUGGAGGAGGGAGGACCCAUGGCCCCCUGACCCCAGCCCCACCCACCCUAGCCUCCCCUCCCCUCCCCUCCCCAAGGUGUCAUAGAGUACUGCUUGUUGCCAAUGCUAAAGUAUUUCAACUGAUGUACUGUAUAUUCCACAAAGCUUGUUAUUUAUUUGUAAUUAUUUAUUUAUUGUUUAUUUAUUUGGUUCAUUUGUGGUUUUGAAUGCAUAUUUAUGCAUCCCUGUUAUUCUCUAUGCUUCUGAGCCUCACCUCAGGCGUUUCUUGUUACUCAAACUCUUAACUAAAAUAUAUUCCAAUGUCCCCA